CGAUGUUAUCAUAUAUUGUCUAUAAAACUAUUACUUUUCUACUUUGUCUGUCAGUGGUUUCAGCUUCUUAAUUCUUCUCACGUUUAUCAAAAGUAGUUUCAGCCUCCCAAUCCUCUUAAAUUCGUUGAAAGUUCCACCCUCAAUCUAAACAAUCUACAACCAUGGGCGAACAAGACACCUCUAUGAUGGCACCCAACCACGAUGCCUUCGAGACCAUCUUCAAUGGCUACAAAAAGCACUUCGACGGCACCCGCACCUCAACCGAACUCACCAUGCUCGAACUCCUCCGCAAAUCCCACCCCAACUUCCACAUAACCUGCUGCGGAACCCACAAAUGCGACCUGCUCGGCUUUGCUGCCGCUGGCCACGCAACAUCAACCCUAGAUAAGGGCUCCAACGACGAACUCUACGACGCAACCCGCUCCUACAAAUCUCCCGGCCCGCGCAUGUUCUUUGCCGGCAAGCCAGGUCUCCUAAGAGACAACACCCGUUUCGGACGGUACAAAUACGUAUGGAACGAUCAGGAAUUCCUGCUCUACGAAGUCGAGUACACAGCUCCCUUUAAACCAGCCACCAAAAUCUUCUACCUCCUCUCUCCCCGCACCCUCUCCUCCGCCUCAGAAGAAGGCACCUCAUCCGCCACCGACGCCCUUCUACUAGCCGUCGGAUCCUGGUCCACAGACCUCCACAAAGAAAUCUACGUCUUCGACGACGGCCGCUGGUCCAAAGACGCCUCGCUCUACACCUCCGUCCGCCUCUCCUCCUGGGACGACGUCAUCCUGUCCCCCAUCAUGAAAACCUCCCUCAUCUCCGACGUCCAAGGCUUCUUCGACAACCGGCCCCUCUACAAAUCCCUCUCCGUCCCCUGGAAACGCGGCAUCAUCCUGCACGGCCUGCCCGGCAACGGCAAAACGAUUUCCAUAAAAGCGCUAAUCGCAGCCCUCGAAGCGAGGGAGGACCCCGUGCCGAGUCUGUAUGUGAAGAGUUUCGAUGCGUGUCAAGGGCAGAAAUUCUCCAUUCGGCAGAUCUUCACGCAUGCGCGGAUCAUGGCGCCUUGUUUGCUGAUCUUCGAGGAUCUGGAUUCGCUCAUCACGCCUAAAACCCGCAGCUACUUUCUAAACGAAGUCGAUGGCUUGGAGAGUAAUGACGGGAUUCUAAUGCUGGGAUCCACGAACCAUCUUGAGAGUCUGGAUCCGGCGAUCUCGAAGCGGCCGAGUCGGUUUGAUCGCAAGUACCAUUUUGAACUCCCCGGAAGAGCGGAGAGGACGGCGUAUUGUGAGUUUUGGCGUCGGAAGGUGGGGGAGAGUGAGUUAGUGCGCUGGGAGGAGGGGGUUAGCGGGGUGGUGGCGGGGUGGAGUGAGGGGUUUAGUUUUGCGUAUUUGAAGGAGUUGUUUGUUGUUGCUUUGUUGACGGUUGCGAGGGGUGGAGAUGUAUCGUCUGAUGCUCAAGAAACUCCUGAUCUCAAGACUGAGGACGAGAAUCAUUUGAAAGAAGAGAAGGCUACCCCAGUAGCGGCUGCAGAUGGAGAGAAAGCCGAAACCAAGAAAGAAGAGAAGAAGAAGAGAACUCUACCCGAAGUCGAGGUCCCCGAGCAUUUAAAGGAUAAUCAGUUCUUGAAGGCUAUCAAGGCUCAGUUGCAGAUCCUGCUCGAUGAGAUGGAUAGCACGAAAGAGGAGGAUUGGCCGUCUGAUAAGCCGAAGGGUUCUGGUGGACUUCGGGGGUUGGUACGUAGGAGAAUGGCGAGAGGGGGUGAUUCGGAUGACGAUUGAAAAUACCUAUCUCGGGGAAAGAGACGAGAGGUGGGAAAUGGAAGGAGGAGUAAAGGAGGGGAGGACUUGAAGGAAUUGAUGAGAGAGAUCAUCUGAUUUGCUCAGAAGUUAGUCGUCAAUGAAGAAGACUU